CAUUACGGAGUCGAUCCAAAUUCAAAAAGUGAACGAGCCCGUCGUAGGCUUUGUGGUCGUUCAAUUCAAAAACCGAUCAAAAUUGGUGCGAAUGCCAGAAAACAAUAUCGCCAGAUCGGGCUCGGAAAGAAACAAUCCAAAUCGUACUCAAGAAUCAAGGAUACCGAGUAUUUUGCCUCUGUCCCCAAAAGUUAUUCGCCUCACACACUCUUUGUCGAACAUAAUCGAAAUACGGACCUCAGUAUUACUCAGCACGUGACAACAAUAUGAAGCUCUCCACGCAACUCUUGCURGCCACCCUUGCUGCUCAGAACACKGCUCUGUGGGCGUUUUCCGUACCCUCGAUAUCGGCGAGUCGAUCGGCUUCGACGGAAUUGGCCGCGAAGGCAAGCGAUGAGGAUGUCCGGGUCGUUGUUACCGGGCUCGGCGUUGUCAAUGGAUGCGGGGUUGGUCACGAAGAUUUUUUCGAAUCUUGCCUCGAGGGAAAGUCAAGCAUCGACACGGUGAAACGAUUCGACGCCUCACACAUGACCUGCCAGAUCGCCAGCGAGGUUCCCGACGAGAUGUUCGACCCGAAGGACUUUUUUACAAACCCUAAAAAUGUCCGAUCGAACGAUCGCUUCACCCACUUCGCCGUUGCGGCAGCUCGACAAGCGCUCAAAGACGCUGGAGUCGGGGAUACACCGGAAACGCUAGAGAAUCCCGAGRCAAUCGGUGUCAUGGUGGGAACCGCAUUCGGUGGAAUGCAAACCUUCGAAGAGCAAACUCUCAAACUGGCGAAGAACCCCGAACGACCAAAGGUAAAUAGUGUAUCGUUGUUGAUAGAAUGAUCCACACCAAACUCAUGGUAAUGAUACUGCAGUUCGGUAUUGWAUCAGUGAAUUUGAAGCUUGGGUUUAGAUAAAAAUGUCAUUUGUUUUGUUUGUGUCUCUCAAUUUUUCUGGAUAACGUUUCUGUUUGAACGAAACGGUUGAACUAUCUACCGAUUCUUCCAUUUUUUCUAUGGUUCAUUACCAAUAACUGGUAGGUGUCACCAUUCACUAUUCCUGCGCUUCUUGGAAACACCGCAUCCGGAGUUAUCGGUAUCGAGACGGGGUGCAAGGGACCAAACUAUGGCGUAACCUCGGCUUGUGCCAGUGGCAGCCACGCCAUUGGAGAGGCCCUUGGGAUGAUCCGCGACGGAAAGUGUGAUCGAAUGCUCGCGGGGGGGACCGAGGCCACAAUGACACCCCUGUGCUUCGCGGGAUUCUGUGCCAUGAAGGCGAUGAACUCAAAGUUCAACGACGAYCCGAAGGCGGGAUCCCGGCCCUUUGAUGCAAACCGUGGUGGCUUUGUCAUGGGUGAGGGCGCCGGUGUGAUUCUCCUGGAAAGCCUCGAAUCAGCAAAGGCGCGCGGUGCCAAUAUUUACGCUGAAUUGGUAGGAUACGGAGCAACAUGUGAUGCGCACCAUAUCACCACACCUGCUCCAGAGGGCCGUGGGCUCGCCGCUGCCAUGGAGAUGGCCCUCGAUGAAAGCGGCAUCGAGAAGACCGACGUCAGCUACGUCAACGCCCACGGGACAUCUACGGCAUACAACGACAAAUUCGAAACCAUGGCGAUCAAGAGCGUAUUCGGCGACCAUGCAAAGGCCAAGGAUGGAAGCUUCGUGGUCUCGUCGACAAAGUGUGUCACCGGCCACACUCUGGGAGCUGCUGGUGGAAUCGAGGCCGUGGUAGCCUGCAGGAGCAUCAAAGACAACAUCGUUCCUCCGACCAUCAACUAUGAGACAGAGGAUCCCGAAUGCGAUCUCGAUUACGUUCCGAACGAGAAGCGAGAAAUGGAGGUCAAAGCUGCCAUGAGCACAAAUCUAGGCUUCGGAGGACACAAUGCAGCCAUUUUGUUUAAGAAAUAUGAAGAGUAAUAUUGAUAAUGGAAUGAAGCGACUUUGCGUAG